AUGGAAAUAUCUAUUGAAGAAGAACUCUUAAAACGUAUGAAUGAGAGUACAUAUGUAUUCACAAGAUUGUGUCAUCGAAGCAUUGAAAAAACAAAGGAUGGUGUUUUUGGCUUUUAAAUAACUUAGGGAUUGUGGUUUAAAUUAAGGAUUUUUCUAUUAAAAAGAGAAGGAGACGACAAAAAAUUUGAUAUUGUAUUUGUCGAUAAAUUUUUUGGACAACAAAAAGCAAGGGAUAAGAUGCAUGAACUUUAAUAAAAAUAUCUAAAAAAUGAACAAUAAUGA